CACUUCUUGAAAACAGAAGUGAGUGCUAUGGGGCGAUAGUCAUUUAGUUCAGACCACUGUACUAUGGCUCUGAUUUAGUACGAAAACACCUCUAUAAAUCUAUUUUUAGAAUGCAUUCUGUGGACUCCGAUCAGCGAUCGUAAGAUGGUUGAGGCAGAGAGCAUCGAGGCAACUCAGCGACAAAUUCGUAACGUACGCCCGCCUCCCCUUCCCAUCUUUCAUCAUCACUAUACACAACAGCGCAGCAUCAGUAUCGACUGGGAAUCCAGAUAAACGACCCCUCUAUACGUUUGGAAAUAUGUAACAAUAACGAGAACAUAUUUAAUCGAAGACACACUGACAGCACAAAGCUGCUGUAUAGUACCAUGGGUGGCCAUGAUGAUGAUGAUGAUAUGUCUUAUCAUGUAGCCAACAACCAUCAUCAAGAUGAAGUGCUGAAAAACAAAUUGAAUGACAGCGGCCUUUGGUGUGACCAAGAGUCCACUGGCGGCAACAAUGCUAAGUGGGUCAAGGAGGGCCAGAACCAGCUGAGGAAAGUUGCUGAGAAACAUCAGGACCAGAAUGGGAACCAAGAGGACUUCUCCCCUCAUAACACCACUGAGGAGGAGCAGAGGAAUGAGGAGCAGACCCCAUCUCCCAAGACCAUCCUCAAGGAGCCACUACUCAUCAACACUCUACUGUCUGCAGAGGAUAAAGAGGGUGAGGGCGAAGAAGACGACAAAGAGAAGGAAGAUCCAUCUGAGGCAGAUGAAGAGGCCUGCAGUCUUAUAGAGGAGGAGAGGGAGUCCGAACAGAGUAAUGUGGAGGCUGAAAGAGAGGGAGGUGGGGUGGCUAGAAAUCCCUGUCUGCUGUUCUCUAACGUGAAUGGAACACCAAGUGAUGAAGAAACCAACUGGCCAGCACUGUCUCAGGACAGCACUGCUGAAAGCCCUCCAAAUGGAAACAAAGAGUCCUUCUGGGACUCUGAGGCCUUUGAGGCGGACACAGACCUGCCCUCUGGGUGGAUGCGGGUUCGAGAUACCUCAGGCACCUACUACUGGCACAUCCCUACUGGCACUACUCAAUGGGAGCCCCCCUCCCCUCUGGACAAGGUGGGAGACUCCAUGAUGUCCUCCAGUAUGUCCCUGGAGACAACACCCUGUGAGGAAGAGCAGGAGGAAACAUGGGGAGACCUCUCUAACCCAGAUGAAGGGACUAGUGAUGGAGAGCUGUGGAAGGAGGGAGAGGUGGCUUCUGAUCAGAGCCUAAAGGAGUUUGAAGGGGCAACCCUGCGCUAUGCAUCCAUCAACCUCAACUGUUCUCAAUCUGAGGAAGAGGGGAACCUUGAUCCCCAUGGCACUGACUUGGAGGCUAAGUAUUUUGCUGUGCGCUCUCUGGGCUGGGUGGAGAUGUCUGAAGAGGACAUGGCACCAGCGAAGAGCAGCGUGGCUGUCAACAACUGCAUUAGACAGCUGUCCUACCAUAAACACAACCUCCAUGACACUGCUGGCAUCUGGGGAGAGGGUAAGGACAUGCUGAUGGUCCUGGAGAAUGACACUAUGAAUCUGAUCGACCCACUGGGCCAGACUCUGCUGCACUCCCAGCCUAUUGCCAGCAUCCGCGUGUGGGGUGUGGGCCGAGACAACGGCAGGGAAAGAGACUUUGCUUAUGUAGCGCGAGACAACCUGACCCAGGUCCUCAAGUGUCACGUGUUCCGCUGUGACUCACCUGCCAAGAACAUCGCCACCAGUCUGCAUGAGAUGUGCUCCAGGAUAAUGACAGAGAGGAAGCUAUCCAAGCCAUUUCUGAGCAGGUACAAUUCUGACCAGUGCAAAGCCAUGGAGAUUCCUGCUCAAGAGUUUCCUGUUCCAAAAAAUGAGAAUUUCCAACGUUUCCUUGUGUAUUACCUUGGUAACGUGCCUGUGACCAAGACUGUAGGUAAGGGACGUAUGGGUGUGGACACAAUCAAUGAUGCUUUGGAGGCUGCAAUGAACAGCACAAGGAAGCAGGAUUGGACCCCUGUCUCUGUCAACGUGGCCCCUGCCACUCUCACCAUCCUCACCAGAGAGACUGAGGAGGUGAUGUCAGAGUGCCGGGUGCGGUUCCUGUCUUUCAUGGGUGUGGGAAAGGACAUCCACACCUUUGCCUUCAUCAUGGCCAAGGGCCCCGGGGACUUCAUCUGUCAUAUGUUCUGGUGUGAGCCCAACGCUGCCAGCCUGAGUGAGGCGGUGCAGGCCGCCUGCAUGCUGCGCUACCAGAAGUGUCUGGACGCGAGGCCUCCCAGCCUGGGCUCCUGCCUGCCCACUCCUCCUGCUGACUCCAUGGCCCGCCGGGUCAGGAUGGGGGUCCAGAGUCUGCUGGGAAGCUUCAAGCAGUACAGGUCAGGGUCCCAGUCCCCCUGAGCAGAAGAGAGAAGAUCUCCUCCCCACCAACACUAACCCAUCACAGCAGCUCCAGCUUAUUCCUCCACUCCUCUUUCUCUCUCGCUUUCCGCCGUUUCUUUCGGCCUUACACUCCUUUUGGCCUUCCAUAGAGAUAGUCCUUUCAUUAGUGCAUGGAGUUAUAUGUAACUGAGGAAAUGCUUACUUACUAGUGAUUGCAAAGUGUUUUUCUAUACAUCUACUGUAUAACUCUCCUUUAGCUUUUUACUCAAACUGAAUGAGCCCUGACAACGGUCCAUUGUUUGUUCUGUUGUUGGGAUUUAAUCUGUUUGUCACUAUUUUUGUGUUUUAGCAGAAAACAAGUCUGGCAGGAAGCGUUCGUAUGAUGGGAUGUAACUACAUGUUUCUUCGCUGUAGGAAGUUAGGAGGAUUCCACACAGAAAUACAUCUAAUUUCUUUGCAACUAUGGUUGAGUCAUGGGGCCAUGCUCUUCCCCAAGCAGUAACAGCACCUGUAGAGUCUCCUGGUGUUUCUACCAUGUCAUUACCCUGUACACUCCUCAGCCUCUACUCCUGUCCAACUGAGGUUCUAAGAGCCCAAGUAGAGGGUCAUGUAGAGAGCUUCAUGUUCACCACUGCAAACAGUGUGUUUUAGUCUUCCAUUAAACAAGUGAAUAAUCAUGUAUCACGUCGUAGUGAACAACCAGUGAUUUCGGAGUGUACUGUUGUUGCGUUUCCCCUACAUUUGCAUGAACAUUUGCAAGUUCAGUGCUUCUGUGCAAUAAUCAGACUUUCCUGUAUGUGGUGGUGGUAGAAUGGCUUGCCAUCAUAUAGCAGCACACACUGUGCUGUGGGUUCUUUAAUGUAGGGGCCUGGCUAUAUCUGACUAGGGCUUAGCCAACAAAAAGAGGUAAUGGUGAAAAUAGACUUCUGAUCAUGGAAAAGUGACCUAGAAAACACAACAGCUCAAGGCCUGAGUUUUCUAUCUGAGUCAGUCAACCGCAGCUGGUAACCACCACCACCAAAUAGUAGUGUAGGACCUUACCACACACUGCAUGUUUUAAUAGCUUAGAGGAAUAACCAGGGUCAUAUCUGCCUGCAGCGGUUUAGUGCUGAACUCUUAGUUAUUGUAACAUACUAGAUGUGUGCUACUUCAUGGUAAAGAGGGCUGAAUUCUGUACCUGUUAAGUGUUUGUAGAGCAUGUCACUAGCCUGUAUCUGUGUCUAUCAAUAUGUAAGCUAGCUAGUAGUAGAUUAGUUGUCGCUGUCAGGCCCUUUCCACUGAGUAGCUGAGAGCAGGUCAGUAUCUGUCUCCCUUAGUCGCCGCCCUGGGACAGGGAUAACAUUGAGAGAAUGAUUUAUGAUUUUAUUUAUUUCCUUUUUUUUUACCACUUUUUGCUCUGUUUGGGCCAUGGUCCCUCUAAGUAAUGUAUUUUGUAUUGUUUUCAUACACUAUAAUGGACACUACUGAGGAGCAGUUGCACAUUUGCUCAUUAUUGAUUGUAUUAGAGAACAUAGUUGUGGUUUUUAUGUAAAAAAAAAAGAAUACAAAUGAAAUGUGUUUGUCAGAAGUAUUUAGUGCAAUAGUUAUUUGACCAAUAACAAAAUUAAAUAUGUAAAAUAUAGAAACACUCUGAAAUAAUUAGACUGGAUUGAAUUGUAUAAUACUAUAUCUCGUGUCACUGUUCACUUAUCAUUGUGCUACUUUUUCUAAUUCUGUUAUGUUAGUACUUCCAAGGUCAACAUUAAAAACUGAGGAAUAUUGGAACACUAGCUGAUACAUUUAUUUCACAAUUCAUGUAAAUUAGGUGUAUAAAAUGUAUCUGUAUAUAAAAGUCCCUGCACAAGAAAUAAAUGUACCUGUUUAUAAAAGUCCCUGCACAAGAAAUAAAUGUGAACAUAUCUUA